GCUAGCGGAAUCUUCCGACGCGAGAUGUAGGUCAUAUUGCGGGAUUUAUUGCAAUUUGGGGGUAAACCGGUUCGAGAACAUUUAGCUCCAUUAUUUAUUGUCACCAGGCGAAAAAUGAACUUCACCUCCCCCAUUCUGACCGGCUUAUUUGCUACCGCUUUUUCAUGUCAGAUGGGCCAUUGUGACAGGGUGAAUUAAAUGUAAUAUUAACUCCCUUAGACUUUGCUCGCUUGAUAGAGUCUAGCCCUGUUUUCAGGCGUAAAGCAAUCCCCGCUCUAUUGACUUCAGGAAAGAACACAGAAUUUUAAGUAAAUGAGGCAUGGAAGUUCCUUAAAGAAUGGUGUGGAAUCAAAACACCUUUUUGCUUCUAUUACUUCUGACUGAAGAUGUGAUCGAGCUGGACGGUGAGUGUAGCACUUAAACUCUGUCACAUCCUCAGAUCCCUCGCUUCCGUUAUAUAAACAUCAAAAGAAACGUUAAGUUUUUAGCCAGUUUUAUUGUGAUUUAGAUUUUAGCAUUCAGUUGGGGAGUGAUCGGGGUAAAUAUACCCGAGAUUGAUUUUUCCAAGUGGCCUGAAGGUGAAGCUUGAAACUGCACAUUCGUGGCACGUUCUCAGCUGAUUUCGCAGCUUUUCGUAGUUAUCUGAAGAUAAAUCUUAUAAAAUCUCUGGGAUUUACUUGUUUCCGGGUACAUUAUCGCUGGAAAUAACUUCUUGGAUGCUGCUGUUGAUAACGUAGUCCCAACAUUUUAAUUUGCACCGAAACUCAUUCUUAAAAACAAAAGUAAUUCGGUGCUGAUGAGGGUAAGAAAAAUAUGAAUAGCAAGACUUCUAAAAAUGUUCUUUCCGGCUCUCCAGCGUGAAAAGUGGACGAGAAUUUAAGCAACACAUGUUUAUUAAUUCCAAGUAGAACUUUAGGGUUUGCCUCGCUCUCAUUCCUAGAAUUUCUAUUAGCUGUGCGGUAGCUCACUCAUAUCAUGACAGAUUUCCGCCCCUCUUGUUUUAUUCUAACUUAGUGAUUCGCAUAUUAAUUAAUCACCUCCUUGCGGUGUGCUUCGGUUUCGACGAUCUGCCUCUAGAAGCAAGGAAGAGAGGAGACUGGACGAAUCAGUGCCCUCAUAAUAAGAAGGGAUGAAGGCGAAAUCUUGCGAGCGUGCAGCUUCAGAGAAGCGGGCGGCUAAUUUCAGAUAACACUGAGAAAGAGACAACGAAGGGCUGCAGAAAGGAGCUGCUCCGUGAAGAACCGUCGCUUCCCGAUGAAUGGCGCCAAGGCUUUUAAUUGACAGCACCGCGAAAACUUCCUUCCGUCCCAUCAGCAUCUUCGCUCCCCUUCCCAACAGGCCACUGGGGAAAGCCCCCUCUUCUUGAGCUUUCCGGAUCCGUCUUUCUCGGCGUCCGCUCCACCUGCAGCAACUCGGUCGUUUCAAAGCAACACGCUGCUGAGCGGCCAGAUUCCCCUGCUGCUGAUCAGGGGGGCGGCAUUGGGAAAAGAAAAAAGAAAAAAAAAGGAGGAGGAGGGAGGGGGGGAACGGCGGAAGAUACCGAGCGGCUUGGCGCGUUAGUUCCAGGAUUACGCCUGCAGGCAUGGACAUCGCCUCUAGACUGGGCAGCCAGGGGAAGAAGCGUCGCGGCCACUGGCGACUCUAGAACGGGCUAUUCUGGCUCCUUUUACGAGGAUCUGGCGCUGCUGGGAAGAGGAUCUGAGCAGCCUCUGGCUUUUCUCCUUUCUAUUCCCCCUCCACAAGCUGAAGCUUUGUUCUUCUCUGUGUUUGGAUGUGCGCAGGGAAAUAUUCCGACCCCUCCGCCGUAAUUCCCGAUGGGUCUCUAAAGAACCCGUCCUCUCCUAGUUUUGAGAUAGCCACAGAUCGCAAGCGGAUUCUCGCCCGAGUGCCACCUGAGCCUCCAUGCCUGGGCAGCUCGUCUCCGAAGCAAAGGGAUGGCUCCUUUCUCCGAAGCUUUUCUCAACUGAGCGGAUGGGAAAUAAUUCGGGAAAUAAGUUUCCUGUGGUGAUUUGGAGGAGUUAAAAGUCCGCCGUUUCCAGCAAGAGGCAGCAGUCAGUAAAACUUGCCCAUAAAAAGUCACCAAGAAUCAUGAUUGAAAGAGUCUGUGAAUGGCUGCCAGCUUUCCUGUUGGUCCUGCUUUACCUAAUCUUCAAGUGACAAUUAUCUCUUGGUGCCAUAGCACAUGGAUUUCAGGACUGCAUGUGAAGAGUCAAAGACAGGGAUUUGUUUGCUACAGGAUGGUAAUCAGGAGCCUUUCAAAGUGCGGCUGCACUUAGCCAAAGAUAUUUUGACAAUUCAAGAACAAGAUGUCAUCUGUGUGUCUGGUGAACCAUUUUAUUCUGGAGAAAGAACUGUAACAAUUAGAAGACAAACUGUAGGAGGAUUUGGAUUAAGUAUAAAGGGAGGAGCAGAGCAUAAUAUUCCUGUGGUUGUUUCCAAAAUUUCCAAAGAACAAAGAACGGAACUCUCAGGCCUACUAUUCAUAGGAGAUGCAAUUCUACAGAUUAAUGGAAUUAAUGUAAGAAAAUGCAGGCAUGAAGAAGUGGUCCAAGUUCUUCGGAAUGCUGGAGAAGAGGUAACCCUAACUGUGUCCUUUCUCAAAAGAGCGCCUGCAUUUCUGAAACUGCCCCUUAAUGAAGAUUGUGCAUGUGUCCCUAGUGAUCAAAGUAGUGGCACAUCCUCACCUCUGUGUGACAGUGGUUUACAUCUUAACUAUCAUCCCAAUAAUACGGAUACACUUUCAUGUUCUUCAUGGCCGACAUCGUCAGGUAUUAGGUGGGAAAAGAGGUGGUGUGACCUCCGAUUAAUUCCCCUUCUUCAUUCAAGAUUUUCUCAGUAUCUCCCAGGAUCAGAUAUGUGCAGGCAAAAUGCAUUCCAAGUAGUUGCUGUGGAUGGCAUUUGCAGUGGAAUAAUUCAGUGUUUGUCUGCUGAAGACUGUAUUGACUGGCUGCAAGCAAUAGCAAUUAAUAUCUCCAAUCUCACAAAGCACAAUAUUAAAAAAAUCAACAGGAAUUUUCCCGUAAACCAGCAGAUAGUCUACAUGGGCUGGACUGAGGAACGGGAACAAGAUUCUCUUCAGGACCGAAUGUACACACCAAAGUUUCUUGCACUAAGGGGUUCUUCAUUUUAUAAAUUUUUAGCACCUCCAGUUACAACGUGGGACUGGACCCGGGCUGAAAGAACAUUUUCUGUAUAUGAGAUCAUGUACAAAAUAUUCAAGGACAGUGAUAUACUGGAUCGGCGAAAACACUGCUUUGGAGUACAAUCUGAAAUGGGAGAGGAUCUCUACUUCUCUGUGGAAUUAGACUGUGACCUCAUACUAUGGGAAAAGGCCUUCCAAUCAGCAACUUUUUUAGAAGUGGAGAGAAUACAGUGUAAGACAUAUGCCUGUGUUUUGGAGAGUCAUCUUAUGGGGCUUACCAUAGACUUUGGCAUGGGCUUUGUAUGCUUCGAUGCUGCAACAAAGGCUGUACUAUGGCGGUACAAAUUUUCCCAGCUUAAAGGGUCUUCAGAUGAUGGCAAGAGCAAAAUUAAAUUUUUAUUUCAAAAUUCCGACACUAAGCAGAUUGAAGCAAAGGAAUUGGAAUUUUCAAAUUUAUUUGCAGUUCUGCAUUGCAUCCACUCAUUCUUUGCAGCUAAAGUGGCAUGCUUGGACCCACUCUAUGUUGGCAGUCAAGCCACAACUGCCCCUACUUCUGCUUCUGUUGCUUCUUCUUCUUCUUCUUCUGCUACUACUACUGCCACAUCAUCUGGCAGCUGCAAAUUAAAAUAUAUGACUUGAUAACUCCCAGUCUUGUACUUGUAUCCUUCCACAAGUAUGUAAGACUGCUGUAUAAAUAUUUAUCAGCUUAUUCCUUGAAGAACAGCAAGCAUUAGAACCGACUCAAGGCAUGUGACAUCUUUCUACAGAAUAUGGUCAUAUGGGAUCAUAAAUUAAAACUCAAUUUUACAAAGCAGCAGUACACAAUGAAGUUGGAAAAUCCCAUUGUGGAACAAUAUCUUUUUACUAUAAUUUGAUUGUGCUUUGACAGCAUUCAAAGAAAAAGAAACAAAAAUAACUGAUACAUCACCAUGCUUAAGCAUUUAAUACAAUUUUCAAAUCUCAAUAAUAAUAGAGCAGUAUCAUUUCCUUGUUUCCAAAUGUUUUUAUAUGACAAUUUACUCAGCUCUGUAUUUGAAGUAACAUUCUCUUGAUAGACUAUAUAUGAAAGAAUGACAAGUAAAAGGCAUAGAGUGUGUAAGACCCAUGAACUGGCCAUGAAAAGUGAUAACUCCUUAACAAAAGAAAAAGAAAGCACCUUAAAUAUCAUUGCAAUUUUGUUCAUUUGUUCAUUUUUAUUUUGCUUUCAAGCCAUUAUUGUAAUGAUCAACGUAUAGCCAUAUUAGGCCAACAGUUUUAAAAUUAAAUCUAAAUAUAUUGAAGCCAUUCACAGUUGAAACCUACAAUAUAAGCCUGUUAGACUUUGUGUUCACAGAGAGCAGAAAAGGGCUUAUGGGGGCAUAGGAGGAACUUAACAUAAUUGUGUGUUCCUCUUACAUAGUUGUUGUAUAAAAACAAAAUGUUUGAAUGUUUGUAGCAUUUGUCAGAAUGCCCCAAUAUAUUUUAUUUUUGUCUGUAUAAAAUGUUGGAUUACAAACAA